AUGUUGCCGGCGAUCGCCCUCGUCACGGCGUGGAGCAGCCCAGCAGCGUGGAGCAGCGUCGGCGGCGGCAUCUCACCGACGGUGACGAUUGCUGACGGCGUGCUCAUGCCGCGCAUCAGUCUCGGGACUUGCUGCGGGUCCGAGGUCACGCACGCCUUUCCGGCUUGGUGGACGUCCGGCGGCCGAGGCGUAGACACUGCCCUUGACUACGGGAAGGAGGUGCCCGGCGGCAAAGAGGCUGAGCUCAGUGCCGCCAUCGCCAGCGUGGGUGCGCCUCGGAGCGGCGUCUUCAUCACGACCAAGGAAAGCUCGGCAAAGGGCAGAAUCCGUGCCGGACUCGACCCGCUGCAUCUGGGCCCGCUUUGCGUCGGCCUCGACGCAGACUACGCUCUGAGCGCCGUCAAGGCUGACCUCGCCCAGCUCAAGGUCUCGCGCGUCGACCUCGUGCUGCUGCACGCGCCGUGCGCCUCCGAUGCGACCAACGCGAAGCUCUGGCGGGGCCUGGAGGCGGCGCUCGCACAGAAUCUGACGCGAGCCAUCGGCGUGUCAAACUUUGACAAGGCGCGGCUGGGCGCGCUGCUCAAGGCGGCAGCGACCAAGCCGGCGGAGAGGGAGAUGCUCGAGUAUUGUGCCGAGAAAGGCAUUGUCUUCGAGGCAUACGCGGCGAUGCGUGGCUGCCCCUUCUCCGACCCGCGCGUGCAGCGCGUCGCGGCGGCGCACGGCGUGGGGGCGUCGCAGGUGUGCUUGCGCUGGGUCCUGCAGACCGGGGCGGCGAUGGCGGUAGGGCUCGGAAAGAACGAGAGCAGGAUGCGCAGCUACGCGAGGGAGGACUUGGGCAUCUUCGGGUUUGAGCUCAGCGCCGACGAGAUGGCGACGCUCAGCGCGACCGGCACACAAAUCAAGUCUUGCGCGCCGGGUGCCUAG